AUGAAGACUGUCAUCGACCUGACCGGCAAGAAGGUGAGAGAGAUCAUUGAUCUGACUGGAGACGACACGGACGAGAACGAUGCCUCUGAGAAGGAAACUGUCAUCGAGAAUCGCGCCGCGAUUGCUUCUCCUCCGAAGUCCCCCGUCGGUGAACAUGGUGUCGAGCACACCGAGCAGGCCACCGUCGCGGACCACACCAACGGCGUCAUCAACACCGUCAACGGCGACAGCGAGGAGAACGAGGCCGACGUUGAGGUCCACCUCAAUUCCGAAGCCAACGAUGAUGAGGGCAUGACCCGAGACAACAUCAACCAGUCGCGUGAACAGUGGCCCGCCAACGAGGCCGAAGUCGGCACGGACGGCGAUACCCAUCAUAAUGCCAACGGCAGCGUUGAUGCCGACAACAACACCAAAGGCAACGUCGAUGCCGACAACAACACCGGAGCCGACAUCCAAGCGGAUGGCAAACGGUCUCUCAGCCGCUCGCCGGGCGGUGGCGUAGAAGUCGACACUGAUGCCGGCACCGAUCACGACGAUGACACUUUUGUCGAUGCCGAAAACGGCACCUGCGCCAGCAGCUCGCCCACUGCAGACAACAAGGUCGACACUCUCUGUGGCGCGGACAACAAUGACGGCAGCUCCGAUACCGAGAACGACAUUCAAGUCCGCAUGAAGUACCGCCGUGGCGGCUUGCCUUCCGACGAUGACGAAGACAGCGAUGCGUCUGCCACCAUGCACGGCUCCGACGACGACCACGUCUCGGUCGAUAGCGAGUCCUUCAUCGGCCCCAAGUGGCGCGGCCACAAACGCAAGCGCUCUUCCGAGGAGCCCAGCCCUGAGAACAGCGGCAGGGACAAGCGUGUUCGCACCGAAGAGUUUCGUCUGGCGGCUUGCCUCCCCGGCAUGUUUGACGGUCGUCUCACGCAGGAGAAUUACACUCCGGGCUUUGAUCCUCUUGCCCCGGUCUCCGGUGAGACGCCGCCCCGCAAGAGCAAGGUCAAGCGAGCCGGCAAGGCUGGCAGCGGUAGCCCGCAGUCGCAAAAGUCUGCCAACGAGCCUUCCGAGGACGUUUGA